AUGCGAGCCGCUCGUCUUUCGUUCCUCCUCUACUCCCUGUCCCUCGUGGCUGUCGUCGCUGGCCAGAGCGCUGCAGUCACGAGUGUAGGCAACGCCGUCACCUCUGCCGCUGCCGCCGCUACCACAGAGGCCCCUUCUACCACAUCUAGUGAAUCAUCCUCGACGUCUGAGUCCUCUACCUCGACUUCGGAGAGCUCUUCGACCACCAGUGAACCUACAACUACGUCGUCUACUUCGGAAGAGACCACUUCCACGACCAACAAGCAACCCCAACAAACCACCCAGCCGCAACAGACAACAUCAUCCAACAACAACAACAAUGCGCAGACAACUGCAGUCACUACAACGGACAAGAACGGCAAGACCACCGUCGAAAGCACUACCCAGCAGACCACCGCAACCCCAGUUGUGCAGACGGUCACGACUAUCGAGACCAUCAGUGGAACCCCCGUCCAAACUACUCUCACCACUACUUCGACUCCCGCCAGUGCUGACUCUACGGGCAGUCCUGGUCUGAGCGGCACUUCGUCUGAUAACUCUAACAGCAGCUCUGGUCUCUCGUCCUCUCAGAAGAAGAUCAUCAUCGGUGUCGUCGUCGGUGUGGGUGGUGCAAUCAUCGUCGGUGCCCUUGCCGUUGUUGGCUGGAGGAUCCACGCUCGCAAGGCUGCGCAAGACAACGACGAAGCUGCUGAUCUCAUGAGCGGCACAGCAGUCGGUGCAGGUGCUCGCGAGAAGGCGCCCAGCCCGGGUGCUGGUGGCACGCCCUUCAAGACCACGCUUGACCAGUAUCACAACCCUGGACCUGUCAACGCUGCAUCAAACUUCUAA